ACCAGGUGCACGACAGGUAUUGCAGUACACCUUUAAACGAGUUUACAAAUGGAACAAAAGUACAAGAAUUGAGAAAAAAUCAAGAAUCAACGCCAGGAUGGAUUAACACAGCCACGAGCGAAGAUUUUCGACGGGGGUUAAUUGGUCGUCCAAAGACCAUGGUGACCAGUGUAGAGGAUAAUUCAUAUAACAUAUCCAGGAGUCAGUCUCGUCAGGAUGAUUAUAUAGAUGCACUGUCAGAACAAAACGGAUCGAAAGAUGGUAGUCUGAACAGGCGUACCAAAUGCAGAACAACUAUCAUCAUAGUUCUCGUAUCUAGCUGCUUGGUGGCUCUUGUGGUUGCUCUAACUGUUAUUUUUGUUCGUUCAAAGUCACGGAACGAAACACAAGAAUCACCUAAUAUAUUUGUUGUAGCUGAAGGAGAAUUAACUGUACUUCAGAAUUUUACGGAAGAUUUGAAUGAUAAAAGUUCUGACGUAUACAAGAAGUUUACAGCAGACUUUUCCAUAGUGAUGGAAAACCGUAUUCGAACAGAGUUCCCAUUGCGACGGAAGUGUUAUGUAACAGAUCUUCGGAAAGGAAGCAUAGUAGUCAGAUUUCUUUUAUUCUUAGAAACUGGAAACAGGGAAGUCUUUAACCAGUUUUUGAAUAAAGUCGUGGUGAAAGCAAUGCAAAAUAUUGAUGGAAUUCCCUAUUUUGGAAAUUUUCCCGUGAAUGCAUUGACUUUUUCAUUUUCAAAGAUCAACAUUUUAAAAAUACCAUCGACCAUAACAGAAUUAGCGACUACACCAAAUAUGAUGUUUCCAAAGCUCACUGAAAAACCAACAACUAAAACACCAAUAACAACUACAACAUCAACAACUAUAAUAACAUCAACAACCAACACAACACCUAAAACAACAACAAAACCAACCACCACUACAAAACCAACAACCAUAAAAACACCAACAACCACAAAAAAACUAACAACCACUACAACACCAACAAAAACAAAAACUCCAACUACCACUCCAACAUUAACAACCAUAACAAUAUCAUCAACAACAACAACAACAGCUAUAAAACCAUCGACCACAAAAGCACCAACAACUACAAAAUCACCAAAAACCACUACAGCAGCAACAAUCACAACAGAACCAGAAACUACAACAACUUUAAGAGCAACAAACACUACAACAGCAACAACCACUACAACACCAACAAACACUACAAUACAAACAAGUGCAACACAAAUAACAACAUCACCAACAAAUACAUCAACAUCAACAACCACUACGACAUCAACAUCUACUACAAUACCAAGAGCCACUAUAAAACCUACCACCACAACAACAGCAAAAACUAAUACAACAUAAAAAAACCCACUAAAACACCAACAAACACUACAACAUCAACAGACACUACAACAUCAACAACCACUACAAUACCAAGAGCCACUAUAAAACCAACCGUCACUACAACAACAACAACAACAACAACCACUAAAACACCAACAAACACAACAACAUCAACAAACACUACAACAUCAACAACCACUACAAUAUCAAGAGCCACUAUAGAACCAACCACCACUACAACUGCAACAAAUACAACAACAACAACAUCACCGCAAACAACCCCUACAACACCAUCAAC